AGAGACAUUAUCUUAUGCAGUUUCUUCCUAUGGGAGCUGAGAUGCAUCAAGUUGUCCAAGAAUUGUUUGCGGGGGAUAACUUUCACUUUGGAAAUCCUUUUAUCAAAUGUCAAGUGUUGAUAUUUGGUAUUUUUGAGUGGAAAAUAUAAGGCUUAAUUUUGUCAGUUUUUUAAAAAAAUAAUGUAACUGAUCCAAUUGGAGGAAAUAUAUCCAUGUAACUGAUCCCAAGUAGUUGGGACAAAAAGCUUGUUGAGUUGAGAAUUUUUUAUUUUUUUGGCGCGUACAGUUGGCCCUUUAGUGGUUGUGGGCCAGUGGGCCAGUGAUCCGAUCCUAGACCUGUUCAAAAUUCACUUGUUAAUAUAAUGACUUUGAUAUUCGCCUUGUUUUGUGAAUGAACUUGAAUGUGCUCCUAAUCAAGCCUAUCCCGAGCUGUCCAUAAACAACUGCAAUUCACUUGUUUCUUUUGUAGCCCUAUUUAGCAACUGCAAUUUUUAAUUUAUACGAGCUUUCUAUUUUUGAAAAUGUUAAUCUUUUCAUGCUUUAUGGUGUAAUUCCAUAUCCUUUCAGGGGUGAUUCUCUUUGUUCUGGUAACCUUCAUCGUGAUGCUGUUCUUCAUCAGGAACAAUGUUUCAAGACAAGUAAGAAAUCAUAUUACUCAGAGUUAAAGAAGUAUCAUAAGGGCAUGGUUGGUAAUUUACUGACGUGGAAGGAAAAUUGGGCUAGCUGCAAGGAUCCUGAGAAGGAAAUUGUGCGCAAGAUAUGGAGGUCUCGAAAGCAAGUUGAGAGAAAUAUGUCUACUGAUGCAAAUGAAUAUAGAUUUCAUGAUGCUGAGGACGACUUUGCAGCCAUGUCUGAAUCUGGUUCUUGGGCUACUGACGAGAAAGCUGGUAGUAGUAGUGAUGACCAGAACUUAAUGAGGAAACAUGGAGAACUGCAAACACGAAGAGGCUUCAUGGGGGACAAAUAUGAUAAUUCAUCAGCUGGGCUUAAGGUGGUAGCAAGACCUAGAAAAGGAGAAAGGCUGCACAGGCAAAAUAUGCAGUGUGGUGAUGGUUCCAAAUAUAUGUCUUACAUCAAGGUUAGCAAGGAGCAGCAUCAACGUGUUAGGAGUAGUAUGAAGAAUUCCAGUAAUAGCAUUCAAUCUAGGUCUCUUAAUCAUGUUUUGGGUAACCUCAAUACUUUUCAUGUCCAACCAUUUGAAGUAUUUGAGAAAGAAGAGUGGAAAAAGUUGCGUGAGCAUUGGCUGCAGUUGGUAAACAGAGAUCUUCCAGUAGCAUUUGCAAACUGGAGAACUUGGCAGAUAAAGAAAUGGCAAAUGGUUCAAUCUUUGGACCGAGAAAUGGAAGAAAAUUUAAAGUCAGUUAAGGAGGAUGAGGAGAAAGAGACUGCUCUUAAUAUGCUGCUUGAUCUGACAGAUGAUAGAGCAGCUGACUUUGAAGCGACAAUUACAGUGGAGGUUGAGGAGAAAGGGACUUCAGACAGCUUGAUUCAGGAGCAGAUAGAUGAUGGAGCAGAAAAUCAUAAUCCUGACAUUGCAUUAGAGGAUGAAGAGAAAGAGAACCCUGAUACUGUAGUUCAGGGGAUGACAGAUAAUGAAGCAGCUAAACAUGUAUCUACCAUAGAAGAUGAUAACGAGUCUCUUCCUGUCUCCACACAGAAUCAGCAUCUGCAGCCAAUUCCUUCACUCAAUGGCAGACAUGAGUUCAGUCCCAUGGAUUUGGAUUCUGAUAACAAUGUAAAUGUGGAGACAGAUGACAUUCCUCAUAAUGUAUCAGAGUACGCAGAAAAUUUGAACCAUGUGGACAUUGCUGUUAGUCAGGGGGAUCCUCUUUCUUCUACUAGUUAUGUUCGGCCAGCAGUUGGCAUGCCCGAUUCUUAUUAUUAUUGUACUACUUCAAACCACGAUUACAUGUCAGCACAUGAGUUGUCAAUUGGGCAUCCGCGGCAUUUUGAAGAGCAACUGGCCAGACGGAUUGAUCUGGAAUCCGACAAUCAGGAAGAAGGCACAGAGAAAGCUCUGUUGCACAGACAACCCAUUGAAAGGCCCUGCUUCAAUCCAUACACUGACAAAGAGGUUCAAGAUCGAAAUGAGCUACUGCAACAUUUCUUUAAGGCCCAGGAUGGUUUACCUUACCGUCAUGAGAAGAAACAGAAAGGGUUAGAUUUUUUGCUAGAGACUGGUCAGUUUUCUGGGCAUGUUGGGCAGCGUCUCCAUCCGUCAGUGUCAUUAAUUAUAAUUAUCAAAUCAAAUCCCAUUAGUUAUGGUUCUCAAAAUUUAAUUUCAUUAAUUAUGCUUGUUUAUAGUUAUAAAAUAAAAUUUCACUAACGGGUUUGGAAUUUUUAAGUUGGCCAUCUCAACUUGAGAGAAUAUUUGGAUUCGGUGAGCCUAUUUUGGGGCCGACAUUGGUAAUUUUAACCAUUUACCUUUUAAGAUUUGUUUAGUAAAAUAUUUAUAUAAAAAUAAAAUGAUCAUAUAUCGAUACCUAUAUAUUUUGAUCAUAGUUGAGAUGGCCAACUUAAAAAAUUCUAAAUCCGUUAGCGAAAUUUUAUUUUGUAACUAUAAACAAGCAUAAUUAAUGAAAUAAAAAUUUGAGAACCAUAAUUAAUGGGAUUUGAUUUGAUAAUUAUAAUUAAUGCAAGGGAUAUUUAGUCUAUCAUCCCUCACCAAUUUUUAAUAAUGAGAGAAGUUCACAAUAUUUUUAUUUUGUAGUCUAAGAUUCCUUACCCAUACACAUGUUCAUUGUCAAACUUCUUCUUCUUUCUUAGGGUUCUAAGAGUUGCAAACACAUUGGUACUGUUCAGAACCAACAACUCAUCCUUUCUAUUUACACCUCCCACCAUUCUCUUAACUCAAUCUCAGCGCCGCUGAUGCUUCAAGCAAACAAAGUUUAUUAAAGAUUAUAGUGAUUUGAUGAA